AUGCGCAACUCAAAGAUGUGUUCUCGCCAUCUGAAAUGUGUUUCUGGGCUGUGGACCUCUCCGAGGGAGCGAGCCCUGGUGCCCUACCGGGACCUCCUCCAAGGUGCACCCCAAGGCAGUGUCUUUGUCCCUUUUCCCUUUCCUGUGCAGCAGCUGGGGAGGGAGCCUGGGGCAGGGGAUGAGUGGGCUUCCCCAGCAGCUCAGCUCUCCCCUUUCAACAGAACCACAGAAAUGGGUGGACUCGAGAACCUGGGCUCAUUUCUGAAGUGCCCUACCAGUGGUGUAAAGAGGACCGGCUUUGAAGAAAUUAAGUUUCCAUGUGGGUCUGAGUACUGCAGGGCCACUCUUGGAAUCACUGGUGCCCUGUUCCAAACUCCUGGCUCGGUCUCCUGGCAACCAGAUGCAGGGGCCAUGGCACUCUUAACACCCCACGGAGUGAGAGAAGUCUUCCAAUUUCAGAGACCACAAGGUCGGGAGCACCUGAGGAGGCUUCUGAACUGGGAGGAAUUUGAUGAACAAAGAGAUUCCCGGAGGAGCAUCCUACUGGACACCCUCUACGAGAGCAUCAUCUUUGCAGUGGGCAAAGGCUUCCCAUGGGUGGAGGUAGCCCAAGUGGUCAAGUUCACAGAAGAGCUGCUAAGGGAAACCAAAGGCUGCUCCGUUACUGAGGCUGUGAUGAUUCUGGGGAACAAGCUCAGAGAUUACCAGGGCCAUUUCAACCCCACCCACCUGCUGGCCCUCUGUGACUACUUCCACCACACCUUCAUCCACCACUACAAACUCUACCAGUAUGUCCUGGGCCAGGACCAGCAGGUCGACCUGACCGUUGCCCACCUGGAGGUGUGCAUGCCACCCCAGCCCCUCCCGCUGGCCGAGGGCAUGGACAGGGGCUUGUGGACCCACGAGCAGCAGGUGGCUGCGCUGACCGAGGCCGAGGCACAGAAGCGCGCCGACAUGCUGCUCCUGAAGGAAGCGCUGCUCCUGGAGCAGGAGAACUCGCUGCAGAAGGCGUUCACCUCCGCCAUGCCCGCGCACCCCAGCCAGGUCCUGGAGAGACAGGAGCUGGAGAGCCUUGUCCACCAGGCCGUCCACAUCCAGAUGGAGCUCCUGCAGGAGCUGCUGCAGUGCCAGAUCCAGAACACUUUCGCCAUCUUGGACCUGAAGCUUCAGAAGAAGACUCUGAACCUCAACGCCCCUGCCCCUUUCCCACCCCCCAUCACCAGCCACGCAGGCCAGGAGGAAGCCCUGAAGCCCCACAAAGCAAGUAAAGGAAAGAAAGCGAAGGCAAGCAAGUAGAAGGCCCCGACCGCCACCCCAGACUGACUGGGGACCAGCCAUCCACAGCCGUGAGUUGUGCGGCAUGGUGAGCUCAGCACCCACAGAGACUUCUUGCGAUAAAAAGAAACAAACCCA